GAGUGGGUAACUGAAAUGAACCAUGUGUACACUUUCAUCUAUCUUUCUGGAAUAGGCUCAAGCAACCCAAAUGGCCUCGACCUUGAGCGAAUCCUCCAGAAUACCCACAAAUGCUUCAAGGAUUGUGUUGAUAACCGGCGUGAGCAAAGGUUUAGGGAGAGCCCUAGCCUUGGAGUUAGCUAACCGUGGUCACACCAUAAUUGGCUGUUCACGUGACCAACCUAAACUUGAUUCCCUUCGUCACCAACUUUCUUCCAAUAACCACUUGCUCUUCAAUGCUAAUGUGAGAUCAAACGAUAGUGUUGAAGAGCUAACAAAAGCGGUUGUCCAAAACAAACUCGUUCCUGAUAUCAUUGUGAAUAAUGCCGCUGUUAUUAAUAGAAAUAGGAACCUAUGGGAGGUGGAUGUCGAAGAAUUUGAUAAUGUUAUAGAUACCAAUGUCAAAGGGACAGCAAACGUAUUGCGCCAUUUCAUUCCUCUUAUGAUUCAAAACAAGCAUGGAAUAAUCAUUAACAUGUCUUCAACUGCCGGAAGAAAUGGAAUUGUACAUAUUGCACCAUAUUGUGCAUCAAAAUGGGCAGUUGAGGGGUUAAGCAAAUCUGUAGCAAAAGAAUUGCCGGAAGGAAUGGCUGUUGUGACCUUAGAUCCAGGCCUCAUAAACACAGACAUGCUCGUUUCAUUUGCUGGCAGUUCAGCUUCAAAAUAUCUAACGCCUGAACGAUGGGCUAUAAAAGCAGCGACAUUAAUUCUUGAUCUCACCACAUCAGACAAUGGAGCUUCCCUCACAGUUAAGGAUCCAACCGAGUUGUCCAGCCCAUAAUUUCUAUGCCCUUGGAUGACAAUUAAUUUGGUAAAGCAUCAUUGAUAGAAUGUUUAGAUAUUAGAUAAAUGAGAGUGAUGAAUGUAUAAAUGUGCAUAAUGUAAAUUUACUAUGUGUAAUAUGAAAUGCAUAAAUAUUGACACGAGAUAUUAGUUAAAUUGAUGUGCUGUAAUUUGUGAGAUGUUGUAGUAGAAAUUGUGUUGAUA